GAUGCGCAUGCUCCGAGCGGCCUAGGGUCCUCGGUGUGGUCGCGGAGUGGCGGAGGUUAUUUCCGUCCGCGCCGUCCGUUGUGUUGUGGAACAACCACUGUUGUCUUGCUUUACGCUUAUUUAGCGGAUAGUCCCUGCCUCCAUUCCUUGUGGGGAAGAUACCGAGUAGCCGGAGGCAUAGUGAUGCUUGUAUGCUGGCUUGUGGGGAAGGAGAAAUGCAGUCAGCGAAUGAAGCUGCCACACCUGGAAGCAGUAGUAAUUGGACGUGGCCCAGAGACUGGGAUAACUGAUAAGAAGUGUUCACGGCAGCAAGUUCAGUUGAAAGCAGACUGCAACAAGGGAUAUGUUACAGUUAAGCAGAUAGGAGUCAACCCAACUAGCAUUGACCUUGUGAAUAUUGGCAAGGAUGAGGAGGUGAAAAUGAAGCCAGGCCAAGUGCUGUAUAUUGUGAAUAAACUUUACCCUUACAUGGUGGAAUUUGCUGAAGAGUCAGGGAAAACUGUUGCAGAAGCAGAAAAAAAAAAACAAAUCAACAAGACACUGUGGGAGGAUUCCUGUGAGGAUGAUGAUGUAAAGCUUGUGUCCAGAAAGAGAAUGAAGAUGGAGGUGGUGGAUACACAGGGCAGCUCUGCAAAUCCCAAGCUAAGCAACAUCACUGCAUCUUCACAUGAAGGAACUUCGAGCAAAAAGGAACAUUUAGGACAUUGGAGUCAAGGUCUGAAGAGCUCCAUGCAGGAUCCAGAAAUGCAGGUGUACAAAGAUGAAAAGACUGUGGUCAUCAAAGAUAAAUAUCCCAAAUCACAUUACCACUGGCUUGUCUUACCAUGGAAGCCCAUUCCAAAUCUGAAGUCACUUACCAGGGACCAUCUUGAACUGCUGGAACAUAUGCAUGCAGUUGGGCAAAAAAUGAUCGAGCAGUGCCCUGCAAGACACAAUCUGGAGUUCAGACUGGGUUACCAUGCUAUCCCAAGUAUGAGUCAGCUACAUUUGCAUGUCAUCAGCCAGGAUUUCGAUUCUCCAGCUCUGAAGACCAAAAAGCACUGGAACUCUUUUACUACAGACUACUUCUUGAACUCUGAAGAUGUGAUAGAGAUGGUCAGAAGCAAGGGAAAAGUGCUGGUGGGAGAUCGCAUCUCUGAAUGUCUCAAGUUGCCCCUCAGAUGCCAUCACUGCAAACAACAACUCUCCACUAUGCCACAGUUAAAGGCACAUCUCGGGAAGCACAGGCCAAAAUGACACUGCAAAAAACCCACAUCACAACCUGCCUGCAGGUUCCAGGUUGAAACACCAACCCUGGAAUGUUCAUUCAUGGAUGCCUGUGGGGUUUGGCAGCCUGGAAAAGCAGUGUACUUUUGAUACUGUAAUAGUUUAAACUACAACAUGCAAUAAAGUGACUUCUGAAAUCAAA